CCCCCCUCGCCGGUGGCGUCCAUACACCGACCGGAGCACAGACUCUCUUGUUGUCAGUCACUUUCCUGGCGAACAGACGGCGGCAGCAACAGCAGCAGCAGGAGGAGCGGGGACGGUAAUCCCCCCCCCCCCCCCCCCGGUCCCCCCCCCCCCUUUCCAAAAAAAAAAAAAAAAACUGAAACCGGUGGCAGAACCUCGCGGGACACCUGUGCUACUGGAUACCAUUUUUGGGGGUCUUUAAGAAAUGUUAAUAUCUAAAUUGACAGCCACAUUGUGGAUGAUGCUGAUGAGAAGCAGUGGUGAUUAAGACGGGGAUGCAGACGCGGAAACAAGCGGCCAAAUCUGCCUCGAUUGACGGUGACGAAGCGCUCGGCACCACCACCAACAGCAGCAGCAGCAGCAUCCGUCGGUCGGCGGAUGGAGAUGCGUUGUGAAGGCGGAGGAAUGCUGAUGAUGAUGCUGAUGAUAUAGCAGGUGCUGCAGGCUCGUGUCGCAUUGCCUGGCCGCCGCGAGCGACGCCGGGGAGACGGUGAUGCUGUCGUCGUCAUCGUGUCACAGAGAGCCAGAGAAAGAGAGGAGCGGCUUUGACAUGGAGGGAAGCGGCUGUGUGUCGGCUGUGAGCUCGGGCCGCCCGGAUCAGCAGGUUGUAUGUGCCGCCUGAAGCCCGGAGGACCGGAGUCAGUAUACGCAUGGUGGUGAGGAAAUCACAAUAAAGUUGAAUUCUUCACGGUGGGAUUGAAAUUGUUUCCGUGCGUAAAAGUGAACGGCCCAUAUGUUGAUAAUGCUUCAUAGGAGCGUCAUAGCAGCAGCGUCUGUGCCAGUUCAGGGUGGAUUACGUCUACAGAGCAGCAGGCCUCCAUCUGAGGGCAGCUUCUGAACCAUAAAGAAAACCACCACCCUGUUGCUGGAGGUAACAAUUUAUUCUGUUGUUUCACUGGAAGCUGGUGAGCUGUGGUCCCCCGUGGAGGGACAGCUGUUGCUAAAGAUGACUCACUUGCAGGCUGGCCUCUCUCCAGAGACCCUGGAGAAGGCCAAGGUGGAGCUGAAAGAAAACCCGGAGACUUUGCACCAGGACAUCCAGGAGGUCCGGGACAUGAUCAUCACCCGGCCGGACAUCGGUUUCCUCAGGACAGACGACGCGUUCAUCCUCAGAUUCCUCCGGGCGAGGAAGUUUAACCACUUCGAGGCGUUUCGGCUGCUGGCACAGUAUUUCGAGUACCGGCAGCAGAACCUGGACAUGUUCAAGAACCUGAAAGCGACGGACCCGGGCAUCAAGCAGGCCCUGAAGGACGGCUUCCCCGGCGUGCUGUCCAAUCUGGACAGAUACGGCAGGAAAAUACUGGUCCUGUUCGCAGCCAACUGGGACCAGAGCAGGUACACGUUUGUGGACAUACUGAGGGCGAUCCUGCUGUCGUUGGAAUCGAUGAUCGAAGAUCCGGAGCUGCAGGUCAACGGCUUCAUCCUCAUCAUCGACUGGAGUAACUUCACCUUCAAGCAGGCGUCCAAACUGACUCCCAGUAUGCUGCGGCUGGCCAUCGAGGGGCUGCAGGACAGUUUUCCUGCCAGAUUCGGAGGAAUUCACUUUGUGAACCAGCCCUGGUACAUCCACGCUCUCUACACCGUGAUACGGCCCUUCCUCAAAGACAAGACCAGGAAGAGGAUCUUCAUGCACGGCAACAACCUGAACAGCCUCCACCUGCUGAUCCACCCUGAGAUCUUGCCGUCGGAGCUCGGCGGGAUGAUGCCGCCGUACGAUAUGGGCACGUGGGCGCGGGCGCUGCUGGACCACGCCUACGACGAGGAGACCGACUACUGUCCGGAGUCCUACACCCUGUCAGUGCAAGACCUGGAGAGGGACCUGGAGAAGAACCUGUCCCCGAAAACCAUGAAGAGGUCUCAGUCGGUGGUGGAACCCGGCGUCCUGAAAAGACCGGACAAAGCCAAGAGCGACGAAGACAACAUGCAGCCACUGCUCUCGCUGGACUAAACCGUACACGUUCAACAACAGCUUCAAAAAGGCAUAAUCAGCAUUUACACACACAAACACACUGACCUACCUGUGCACCCAAACGCCCUGCAAAACACCUUCCUCCAGAGAAUGCAGCUGCUGUUGGAUUCCUGUUUCUCUUGAACUCGAAGAAAAUAAAAAAUUCUAAAAGAGCUGAUGGGAAGCAGGAGACGAGAGGGACGCUUCCCUCACACAGAAGGGCUUCCUAAGAGCUACUGGUGGUGUUCUAUACAUUUAUUUAUAUAUUUAGUUAUUUGUCAAGUGCCAAUCCCCCCCCCCCACACCCAAAAAACCCCUGUAAAGUAACAUCUUUGAUCAAUCCAACCCCCGGCAGUGUGGAGCAGGAAAACACAAGGAAAGAACGAGUUGUUGUCGCCACACGUGUGUUGCCGGCAGGUUGUAUAUUCUAUAUAAAGAUGGGCGGUUUGGAAGGCUGGGAUUCGUACUCCACAGAGCCUGUGGGGCCACAGUUCCCCGGCUGCAGGUUUUGUUCUUUGUACAGUAGUUUGAAGAAAAACGAACGGCUCAGGAAGUGGUGACAAUGCCGAGCUCGUUCAACCUCCCGGACACAAAACUGGCAGAGAGGCAGGCACUGGGUUUACUGGGAGCUUACCGAGGCUUACGUGCGUCUUUGCUGUGAAAAUAUAGCGCGAACUGUCGGCCUCGCUCCAGUUACCUCGUGGAAAAGCAAACCCCCCUUUACGGUAAGAGUUGGCUCUAUAAAUACUGUGUUUCUUCCUAUUUUUGUGACCCACGUGUCACAGAUCUCCUCUUCCAUUAGGAAAGUUACUUUCAGUUUUCAAACAAUGAAUCUUGGCUGAAGAUGACCAAAACAUAUUUUGAGAAUGUGAUAGUUAGGAUGUCUAGCCAGAAUAAAUAAAUAAGCCUAAAUUUAAUUUGUAUGAAAGCAGAGAUAGUGUAAACAGAUUACCAUCUCCUCUGACUUUGUUUCUUAUGUUUCUGGCAAUAAUAGUGUUACUUCUGAAACGGCCAAACAUUACCACAGUAUCUGUUUCUCAACAUAUUAUAUUGUUAGAUUUAAAAACGCACUGGUAUUUUUUGCAUGUUUUGCUAAACAUCACACUGUUUUGUUUGUUUUUUGCCAUUAUUUCAGUGCGUUAUUGGUGUUUUAUAAUGCAGCUAAAAUGUAUUUUAACCAGUAUUAGUAUUCGUUAUAAUCUCACCUCAAGGUCUACUUAUUUACUUUGGCCUGAGCUUUCAACCACAUCUCACGUCUUCAACUUUCCAUUUACAGAUUUGAUUGCAGAUCGAUGUGCUGUCAUGUGAUUAGAAAAUGACUGCAGUAAUAAUUGUCUUCAGCAUGUGGUUCAACAAUAUGGAAAUGCUCUUCGGCAGCAGACUCUUAAAGCCUUGUCUCCUAAAAAUUACGUUCCCAACUAAACUGCACCGUCAAUUAUGUUUUGAGUGAAACGUAUUUUCAGGAGUUGUGGUUGGAUGGGUCGAACAGACACAGGACUUUCACCCAGAAUAUGUUAUUAAACUUUUCUCUAUUAGAAGAUUCUGCGUACGACUGUAGGCAGCGGGAAAAGAUUUUGGCAUCGGAAGCAUUUUGGUUCCCGCUUGUAGUUCAAGUAGUAUUGACCAAUCACAUUCAAGCAGACAGUUACUUGUGAAACAAUCCGGUCGUACACGUCGUCUCUCAACUCC